AUGAAGCACUCGAUUGAAUCUGAGGCUAGAGAUGAAGAAUGCCUUAUUAUUCAUGAUGGUCACGAAAGGGGCAAGUCGAUAUUUAAUUUCAGUAAUCAAAUAGCUGAUAUUGGUAAAGUCAUACUUAAGGUGGUGGAUAGGACAGUUAGAACACUUAAUCAAGUUCAAAAUGUUCCAAAUUUGAAGAAAAAUCUCAUCUCGUUGAGUACUCUUAAUUCAAAAUGUUACAAGUUCUUUAGUGAAGGUGGAUCUUUGAGGGUUUGCAAAGGUGUUCGUGUUGUAUUUGGUACAGUACCAUUGGGAUUUGGUUUGAGGUCCAUGUUGAAGAAUACAGUUCGGUUGAUUUUGGAGGAUAUGGGUAAUGAUACUUGGCCACCACUGCAGUGCCAUCGCACUCAAUUGUUAGGAAAAUACCUUAUGAAGAUAGAUAAACUCUUGUUCACUGACCUGUUGAGCCACAUCUCGCGAUUUACCUCCCUCACGAUACUUCAAGGGCAAGGCGAUGGGGCCCUCAAGAAUAAAACAGGUGAUGAUUGCAUCUCGAUAGGACCGGGUUGCUCAAAUGUCAACAUUGAAACCGUCACUUGUGGGCCUAGUCACGGGAUCAGCAUCGGAAGCCUAGGAGUACACAAUUCCCACGCGUGUGUUUCUAACAUAACAGUCAAGAACGUGAACAUAAAAAACUCAGAUAACGGACUGAGGAUCAAGACAUGGCAAGGAGGGACAGGAUCAGUAACGGGAAUAUCAUUCGAGAAUAUUCAAAUGGACAAUGUACGAAACAGCAUCAUUAUCGAUCAAUACUACUGCUUAUCAAAAGCUUGUAGGAACGAGACAUCAGCCGUUUACCUAGCAGACGUGACAUAUAGGAAUAUCAAAGGUACUUAUGACGUAAGAAGCCCUCCGAUACACUUUGCCUGUAGUGAUAGCGUCGCCUGCACGAAUAUCACAAUGUCAGAAGUCGAACUUCUGCCAUACGAUGGCGUACUAGUAGACGACCCUUUCUGCUGGAACGCGUACGGUACUCAAGAGACAUUAACUAUACCUCCAAUUGAUUGCUUGCAAGAUGGGAUGCCUCAGAAACUAGCAGAGAGUUCAUUAUAUGGUUGCUAAAACUGUUCAAAAUUUGAUUGUUUAUGUAUUAGUUUAGAGUACCGUAUAGAAUCCAUCCCUUUGGGAUUUAUUUCUCUCAUAGUGUGAUGAGAAUAUUUGUAUGUUUUUCCAAACUCUACUAUGUAACAGAGUGCAGUUUUACCUAAUAUAUUUAGAGCAUGUCAUUAUUGUGCUAAUAGCGUGUUUGAUAA